AUGGGGAAGAUCAAAUAUCUCUCGAUGGUCUUGAUGACCAGCUCGCUUGUGACUGUAACAGUGACAGCGCUUUUGGCAUUCGCAGUCUAUGUGAAUGUGAAACAGCCAGUGGCCGGUGAAGUCUCCACGCCGGGUUUUCCAGCCACCAAUGUUAGUGCAUCCCAGUGGAAUGUCGGCUGCGCUGUUUUAGGAACUGCAGUUGGGAUACUGGUGACGGCAGGCCUUGCUUUUGACGAUGGGUUGCUCACGCGGGAAGCUAUACUUCGCAAAGAAGGUGUCGCUCCCUUUUAUCUCCGUCCAUUGACUAUACCGCGUGGAAUGGACCAAGUCAGAAAUGGCUGGUCCCAUGUUACUCGUAUGUUCCUUCUAUUUCUUACAAUCGUCGCAACAUUAUCUACCACAGCAACUGUGGCCAUAUUUGGCGUUCAUAAUGUGGAGCAAUCCCUUUAUAACCCAACAGCGAGCUGGCCCUUGGCAACGAUUCUCAAGGUCGUGCAAGAACAGAGACAUGCUUCACCAUACGUCGCUACAACUUCCUACAAUCUCGCGACUUUAGAUGCGUUCCUGUUUAGGAGUGCGUAUAUAGUGGGACUCAAUACAUCAGUCAAGUGGAAAUCAGACUACCCAGGCUUCCUGUCGACAUGGUUGCCAGAAUCUGGCUCAUUGGGGGACACAUUGUAUCCCACCUUGCAUACAAGCGGCAUUGGCCUGAACGUAUCGUCCUACCUAGACUACACAGGACGCCCACGGAUUGGAUUCGAUGUCCCCGCCACAUACACAUUUAACAAACUCUACGGGGACGUAUUCGGCACGCACAUCGACGUUACAUGCACAGAUGCGCAACACACAUUGACGACCGACAUGAUGUCGAACAGUGGGAAUAAUUUCACUAGCUGGUACUAUCAAAUUGAUACCCAGAAAGGGGCCCACCUGGCCCUCUCUUCCGAACUUAUGUUUUCGAUAAGCCAACAAAAAUCUCUCAAUGGCCACCUGACCGUUUGCUUGGGCGAACCUUGA